CUUGAAUGCGAAUGCCACAAUAGUUCCGGAGCACUCUAUAGGCAUCUUUUUGCGGGCACCCUGAAAGCCUUACCCACAGAGACUCUGCGCAACACAGCAGCGAUACCUACGCCCCUUCGGACGAUUUCAUUCCCUUUUGGCCCUGAGCCUAACCUCACAGCAUGACGAAAGAGACCUCAACAGGUUCUGCGCCUGCAGAUGAACCUGGCCAGCCUCCGAAAUUGACCACAAGCGCCCUAGCAGAGCAAGCCCCAGCAAAGAGCGUGGCACAACUGAUCACUCCCUUCGAGGUAUCAGGCGGUGUGGAUGAGAGCGGCAAACUCCUACCUGUUGACUAUGAAAAGCUCACGCGGGAAUUCGGUGCGACACCAAUCACCCCGCAACUGCUCGAGCGGUUUGAAAGAGUCACCGGGAAGAAACCACAUAGAUUUAUGCGGAGAGGUAUCGUCUUUUCGCACCGCGACCUUGAAAAGAUCCUGGACAGAUAUGAGAAGGGCGAACCAUUCUACCUCUAUACCGGGCGUGGCCCCAGCAGUGACAGCAUGCACGUUGGACACGCUAUACCGUUCGAGUUCACAAAAUACCUGCAAAACACAUUCGACUGCCCACUUGUCAUUCAAUUGACCGACGAUGAGAAGUUCAUGCACUCGAAAAAGCUGAAGCUCGAGGACGUGAAGCGCUUCGCACUGGACAAUGCAAAAGACAUCAUCGCAAUAGGCUUUGACCCGGCGAAAACCUUUAUGUUCAAUGACACAGGCGGCAUCAUGGGCACGGCGUUCUUCGACAAUGUGAUCUCCAUGGCCAAACGAAUCACGGCAAACCAAAUUUUCGGCACCUUUGGCUUCAACGGUGGUAAUAAUGUGGGCGAGAUUUUCUUCUGUGCGGUACAAUCGGCAACCUCCUUCGCAACAUCUUUCCCUCAUAUCUUUGGCGACAACCCUACAAAAGUUCGCACGAUACCGUGCCUUAUUCCGUGUGCCAUUGAUCAAGACCCUUACUUCCGGCAAUGUCGCGAGAACGCGGCACAAAUGAAGUACCAGAAGCCUUCCCUUAUCCACUCGGUUUUUCUGCCGGCUUUGCAGGGCCCUGGUUCCAAGAUGUCCGCCAGCAUCGAUGCGUCCGCCAUCUUCUUGACCGACACCCCCAACCAAAUCAAAAACAAAAUCAACCGAUUUGCCUUUUCUGGUGGACAAGAUACUGCGGAAAAGCAACGGGAAUUGGGCGGGGACACAACGGUUGACGUGCCUUUCCAAUACCUGACAUUCUUUCUUGAAGACGACGAGGAGCUCGCCCGAAUCAAGAAUGCUUACGAGUCCGGAGAAAUGAUGACUGGCGAGAUCAAGCAGAUCUGCAUCAGGUACUUGCAGGAAUAUGUUGCUGGAUUCCAGGAGCGUAGGAAGGCGGUCACCGAGGAAGUACGACAGGAAUACUUCGCCUUCAAGCCCCUCGCGUACAAGGGCAACCCAAACCCUGUCAAAAAGGACGCCGCAGAUGAUAAGAAGGAGGGUGAAAAGGAGAAGGCCAGUCAGGGGCAUACCAAAAAGAUGAGCGUUGGACGGGCGAAGCCUGAAAAUUAGAUGGAAAUCUUGCCUAGAAAGAAUCCCCUAAGAGCAUUGCUCAGCCAGACGGUCUCGCCAUCCUUGACUUCGUCGAGCUUGAUGGGCCGCUCUGUGCAAAAGCCGGAAUCCAUGGCCCAUAGCUUGGUGGCACUGAUCAUACCACCGGUCUCGCAUGACGGCGCGACCCAUUUGCCAUUGCGAUAGAAAUACACCGCGCAGAGACUUGCCUCCAUAAUCUCCUGCUCGGGAUUGAAUAGAAGCACUUCACGCUC